AUGCCGUCAGCGUCGGGUCCGGUGGCCGUGGCGUCGGCUUCGGCGGCGGCGAAGGCCGCGCCAUCUGUGGCCGUCGGGAUCUCGCCGGACCUGUACCCGACGGAGGACGACCUGCCCUACGAGGAGGAGAUCCUGCGGGAGCCCUUCAAGCUCAAGGGGUGGUGGCGCUACCUCGUGGCCCGCGCCGCCGCGCCGUUCGCCAAGCGCGCCGUCAUCUACGAGCGCGCCCUCAAGGCGCUCCCGGGGAGCUACAAGCUCUGGCACGCCUACCUCCGCGAUCGCCUAGACCACGCGCGCCCGCACCCCAUCGACCACCCGGCCUACUCCUCCCUCAACAACACCUUCGAGCGGGCGCUGGCCACCAUGCACAAGAUGCCGCGCGUCUGGGUCCUCUACCUCACCUCGCUGCUCGACCAGCGCCUGCUCACGCGCGCACGCCGCUCCUUCGACCGCGCCCUGCGGGCGCUCCCCGUCACGCAGCACGACCGCAUCUGGCCGCUGUACCUCCGCCUCGCCUCGCUCCCGGCCUGCCCCGUCGAGACGUCGCUCCGAGUCUUCCGCCGAUACCUCCAAUUCGACCCCUCCCACGCCGAGGACUUCAUCAACUUCCUUAUAUCCGCCAACCACUGGCAGGAGGCCGCCAACCGUCUAGCUUCAGUGCUCAACGACGACGGGUUCCGCUCCGUCAAGGGGAAAACAAGGCACCAGCUCUGGCUCGAGCUCUGCGAGAUCCUCACCAAGCAUGCUGAUGAGGUUGCCGGCCUCAAGGUGGACGCCAUCCUGCGUGGUGGGAUACGCAAGUUCACCGAUGAGGUCGGCAGGCUUUGGACCUCACUGGCUGAUUACUAUGUCAGGAGAGGCCUUUUCGAAAAAGCUAGGGAUAUAUUUGAGGAGGGCAUUUCUUCAGUGGUUACCGUCAAGGAGUUCAGCGUGGUGUUUGAGGCAUAUACACAGUUUGAGCAGAGUAUGCUUGCGGCAAAGCUGGAGGCUGCUGAGGAAGAAGGGGCUGAGGAUGAGAACGAGGGAGGUGGCAGGAAGAGUGGGAUGGAUAAGUUAUCAAGGAAAUUCCUCGAUGAAUUCUGGUUGAACGAUGAGGAUGAUACUGAUUUGAGGAUGGCAAGGUUUGAGCGGCUGUUGGAUCGCAGACCAGAGCUUCUUAGCAGUGUGCUGUUGCGACAGAAUCCACACAAUGUGGAGGAGUGGCACAGGAGGGUGAAACUCUUUGAAAAGGAUCCUGCAAGGCAAGUAGCGACAUAUGUUGAGGCCGUGAAAACUGUAGACCCAAUGAAGGCAGUUGGGAAGCCCCAUACUCUGUGGGUGGCAUUUGCAAAGAUGUAUGAGAAACACAAUCGUCUAGAUAGUGCUGAAGAUAUUUUCAAACGGGCUACUCAAGUGAAUUAUAAGGCAGUUGACCACUUAGCCAGUAUCUGGUGUGAGUGGGCAGAGAUGGAGCUGCGCCACAACAAUUUUGACAAGGCUAUUGAGCUGAUGAGGCAAGCAACGGCAGAGCCCUCUGUUGAGGUUAAGAGGCGGGCUGCUGCUGACGGGGACGAGCCUGUCCAAAUGAAAGUGCACAAAUCUUUGAAAAUGUGGAGCUUUUAUGUUGAUCUGGAGGAGAGCCUUGGAACCUUAGACUCUACCGGUGCAGUUUAUGAGAGAAUAUUGGAUUUACGAAUUGCCACUCCACAGAUAAUUCUCAAUUAUGCAUAUCUUCUUGAGGAGCACAAGUAUUUCGAAGAUGCAUUUAAAGUGUAUGAAAGGGGCGUGAAAAUAUUCAAGUAUCCCCACGUUAAGGCCAUUUGGGUGACCUACCUUACAAAGUUUGUACAGAGAUACAAGAGAAGCAAGUUAGAACGAGCAAGAGAGCUUUUCCAUGAAGCUGUCCAACAGGCUCCUCCAGAGGAAAAGAAGCCCCUAUAUUUACAAUGGGCAAAACUGGAGGAAGACUAUGGUCUUGCCAAACGUGCUAUGAAUGUAUAUGAUGAAGCUGUAAGAGCUGUUCCUAACAGUGAAAAAAUGGCUAUGUAUGAAAUCUAUAUAGCACGUGCUGCCGAACUCUUCGGUGUUCCAAGGACAAGACAAAUAUAUGAGCAAGCAAUUGAAUCUGGCCUCCCAGACAGAGAUGUUCUGACAAUGUGCAUGAAAUUCGCUGAGUUAGAGAGAAGCCUUGGGGAAAUUGAUCGUUCGCGUGCCAUCUAUGUGCAUGCAUCCAACUAUUCUGAUCCAAACAAUCCUGACUUUUGGAAGAAGUGGAAUGAUUUUGAGAUUCAGCACGGUAACGAAGACACAUUCAGGGAGAUGCUUCGUAUCAAACGUACAGUGGCUGCUAGCCGCAGUCAGACACAUUUCAUACUACCGGAGUACUUGAUGCAGAGGGAUCAGAGGUUAAACCUGGACGAAGCAGUUGACACUCUGAAGCGUGCUGGCGUCCCUGAAGAUGAGAUGGCAGCCUUGGAAAGGCAACUGGCUCCCGGACCAUCCACUGCACCACCAGCAGCACCAAGCACUGCCCCAGCCUCUGCUAACAGGAUGAUGAACUUUGUCAGUGCUGGAGUAGAGGCGCAGGCCGAGAGCAGCAGGCAACAGGCUGGUAACAAUGAGGACAUUGAGCUGCCCGACGAGAGUGACGACGAGGAACCCGAUGUCCAAAUUGCAGAGAAGAGUGUUCCUGCUGCGGUAUUUGGUGAGCUUGGCAAGAGAGCUGCCGAGAACAAUGAGGAAAGCUCAGGUGCCCAAGGGAAUGAGCAGCUGGGCGCCCUCGAAAGGAUAAAGAGACGGCGCCAAUAG